CAGAAAGCUACGCUGUUCCCCAUCUCUCCACCUGCUGAGGGUUUCUGCUACCGGAGGACGAAUCCAUGGAAGCGGAGACGAAUGGCGACACUGAUUGAAGAUACGGCUGGUAGAUUCGUCCGUCACCAGGUGACCGACCAUGGCCGAGGUCGCAAAUCCGCCGCCGGGGAGACGGGCGAUUCCCCUCGCCGACCUCCCUGGAGAGCUCCUGUUGGAUAUCCUGCUCCGCCUGCCGCCAAAAUCGAUCCUCCGGUGCCGCGCCGUCUGCACGGCCUGGCGCCGCAUCACCACCGACCGAGCCUUCCUCCUCGCCCACCACGGCCGGCAGCCUUCGCAGCGGCUCCUCUCCUUCGUCCGCGACGUUGGCUGUAACGCCGGCUGCGGCAUCAUUGACCUCAACCUCUUGGACUACUGCGUCGAAGCCGUGGAUCUUCGUACCCGCGAGUUCCGGUCCGUUGUCAGGUUCACCGGCAACGAUUACAGCCGCUUCGACGAAGACGACUGCCCUUUCACGGUCCACGCCGCCUGCGAUGGUCUCUUGCUCAUGUCCUACUAUGACACCUUAUACAUCUGCAACCCGGCCACACGGGAGUGGGCUUCAGUCCGCCCACCUUCACUUCGCACUCACAAGAUUGCCGGGCUCUAUGUUCACGGCCCUUCCGGAGAGUACCGGGUGUUGUCCUAUAGAGAGGAUCGUCGGACUCGGACAAAUAAGUUCUUCAUCAACACCGUGGGCUCGAAGAAUAUGAGGCGCAUUAAGUUUGGUUCAUACUCGGAGUCCAUGAGAAACUUGUUAGCCGGAGGGUCGAGAUCUACCCAGUUUGACAGGCCUUUCUUGUCUCAUGGCAAGCUGCAUUGGCUGCCGCAAUCGACACCGCCCAAGAACAUAUUGGUGUUUGACACUGUGGCUGAGGAGUUCUCAUGGUUGCCUACUCCUGUUGAGACAUGGCAUGUGGUGUCGUUGCUUGAGGUGGACGGCACACUGGCCAUGUCCGAAAGUCGGGUGGGUACGUCCAAGGUCGAUCUUUGGGUUCUACAGGAUUACAAGAGCGCGGCGUGGGUGCACAAGUGUCGGAUUGAACUGCCAGCGGCUGAUAUUUACCUUAUUGCCAAACAUGAACGUUGGACGUCACAAGUUGUGUCCGCAGACGGAGAUGUGCUGGUUGAUUGCACAGAUUGGUGUACCACUGGCUGGCAGUUGCACUAUGACAGAAAGGGUAAUUUGCUUAGGAAAUUUCAGUGUAAUCCCAGCCUGAGCUUAACUACACAUAUCCUCAAAGAAAGCCUUCUUCCACACCCGUUCUUUCGGAUGCAGCAGGAUGGAAGCGCCCGCGGACCACCUUUCUUUAGGGGACUGUAGAUCGUAGUCCUUUCCCACAUGAAAACUUUUGAACACCUGUAAUUUGGAUUCUGCAAUUUCUGUGAUUGGAGUGUUCUCACGGCAAUGGUGUUUUUACACUAGCCAGGGUUGUCGUUCGGUUUAGCUUUGGACAACUUUAUUUCAGUGUUGCAUGUUUCAACCUCAGAAAAUGGAAGUUAAGUGUAUGGGAAGGCUCACCUCAAAUGCAGUAUCGCUUCUUUGUUCAUUGGAAGCGUGGAACUCAAGAAUUUGGAUGCUGGCAUGCUGCCCUUCAUUUUCCUUGCAAAUUGCAGUUAAGGUAAUUUAUAUUGUUAGUAUGCCUGAUCUGUUAGAACAUACCAUGUCUGCUACAAGGUUGUUGAGAGUUUUGUACGCGU